GUCUUCCUCUUCCUUUCCGCGGCCAGAAAAGCACCACGAUGGUCCGCUACUCGCUCGACCCCGAGAACCCGACUAAGUCGUGCAAGGCCAGGGGGUCCAAUCUCCGGGUUCACUUCAAGAACACCCGUGAGACCGCCCAGGCUAUCAAAGGCAUGCACAUCCGCAAAGCCACCAAGUUUUUGAAAGAUGUAAUGAUUAAACACCAGUGUGUUCCUUUCCGUCGCUACAAUGGGGGUGUCGGCAGGUGUGCCCAGGCCAAGCAGUGGGACUGGACACAAGGUCGCUGGCCCAAGAAAAGUGCGGAGUUUCUCCUGCAUAUGUUGAAGAACGCGGAGAGCAAUGCCGAGCUCAAGGGGCUCGAUGUGGACUCCCUGGUCAUCGAGCACAUCCAGGUCAACAAGGCCCCCAAGAUGCGCAGGCGAACCUACCGCGCUCAUGGCCGUAUCAACCCCUACAUGAGUUCCCCCUGUCAUAUCGAGAUGAUCCUCACUGAGAAGGAGCAGAUUGUUCCGAAGCCUGAGGAGGAGAUUGCUCAGAAGAAAAAGGUUUCCCAGAAGAAGCUGAAGAAGCAGAAGCUGAUGGCACGGGAAUAAGUGUAUAUAAAAUAAAAGUGAAUUUCA